AUGGGGGGCGGAUACAUAACCACACUUCUGCUGCUGGUCUGUAUUUCCGGCCUGAUCUACCUCCUUGUGCGCAGACCAAGGUCCCAAAGAAGCCACCUUCCCCCCGGCCCCGCUCCCCUGCCUUUCCUGGGCAACGCGCUACAGCUGAAAGCUGAGGGGAUGGUGAAUUCGCUCAGGGAGCUCCGGGACAAGUAUGGCCCAGUCUUCACGGUUCAUCUGGGCCCCCGGCGGGUCGUGGUCCUGUGGGGGUACGAGGCCGUGAAGGAGGCCCUCGAGGAUCGAGCCGACGAGUUCAGCGGGAGAGGGAGGCUGGCGGCCUUCGAGGAGGUUGUCCAGGGGUUUGGGCUGCUCUUCGCCAAUGGGGAGCGGUGGCGGCAGCUGCGCCGGUUCUCCCUCGCCGCGCUGCAGGACUUCGGCCCAGGGCAGCGGAGUGUGGAGGAGCAGAUCCAGGAGGAGGCCCAGCGCCUGGUGGAGGAGUUCAGGAAAACCAAGGGUUCGCCCUUCGACCCCACCUUCUUCCUGAGCCGCUCGGCCUCCAGCGUCAUCUGCUCCAUCGUCUUCGGCCAGCGCUUCGAUUACGCGGACGAGAGCUUCCUCGACUUGCUGGCCAAGACUAACCAGGUCUUCGUGCGGCUGAGCUCCACCUGGGGACAGCUCUACGAGAUGUUUUCCUGGGUCAUGCGCUUCCUUCCAGGAGCCCACAAACAGAUCUUCCGAGACCUGGAGGACAUCAACAGCUUCAUCUUGGAGAGGAUCAAAGCGAACCAGGCAUCUCUGGACCGUGAUAACCCGCGGGAUUUCAUCGACUGCUUCCUCCUCCAGAUGGAAAAGGAAAUUCUGAACCCUGCCACGGAAUUCCACCUCAGGAACUUGGUCCUGACGGCGUUCAACCUGUUCUUCGUUGGCACCGAGCCCGUCAGCUCCACCCUGCGCUACGGACUCCUCGUCCUGCUGAAACACCCGGAGGUAGAAGAGAAGAUGACCCAGGAGAUUGACCGGGUGAUCGGGCGUAGCCGCGUGCCGGCGGUGGAGGACCGGAGCCGCAUGCCCUACACCGACGCCGUCAUCCAUGAGAUCCAGAGGUUCAGCGACGUUAUUCCCAUGAACCUCCCGCACGCCCUGACCCGGGACACCCACUUCAGGGGAUACGCCAUUCCCAAGGGCACGGAGGUGUUCCCGGUGCUGAGCUCUGUGCUGCGGGACCCCAGCCGCUUCAGGGACCCCGAGAGAUUCGACCCCGGGCGCUUCCUUGACGAGCAGGGUCGCUUCAAGGCGAACGAGGCCUUCAUGCCGUUCUCCACAGGGAAGCGAAGCUGCGUGGGCCAGGAGUUGGCCAGAAUGGAGCUGUUCAUCUUCCUGACCGCCAUCCUGCAGAACUUCACCCUAAAGUCCCCUGUCCCCCCGCGAGACAUCGACCUCACGCUGCGCGGCGGCGGCUUUGCCCACGUACCUCCCUCCUACCAGCUCUGUGCGGUGCCGCGCGGCGGAGGGACCCACGCGGAGGAGGAGCUGCCCAAAGAUCGUCCGCAGGGGACAGCGGGGGCCUCGAAAGGGCCAAACCCAGCAACGUAA